AUGGGCGAACCCACCAAAAUGGAAGAGAAGCCGACUGCAGUGCCGCUCCCCAAUUCCGAGCAGUUCUACCUGAAUAGCGAGCAAGGUGAGCGGUAUCUGAUUCAAGUGUCUUGGCCGCUGCAUUGGCACAGUGACAGCACUUCUGCUCACGGGUCAUUUCCCAUAAUAUAUUUUGUCGAUGGAAAUGCUCUAUUCUUGACUGCAACUGAGACUGCCUGGCGUCGCGCGCCUGCAUCGCAUUUUGCGGGUGGAGGCAUCAUUGUCGCUAUCGGAUACCCGUUAAAUGGAAAGCUUUAUGAUAUGUGGCGUCGCGCUCUUGAUUUCUCUCCGCCAACGGAGACUCCAAUUGCUAAACAUGGAGGCGCCGAUAUAUUCCUUGACUUCAUUCAAAAUUCAGUGCGACCCGCUGUCAAGGCCCGAUUUCCACAGGUCUCUGUCUCAAGAGAAGCCCUCUACGGCCAUUCGUAUGGAGGAUUGCUUGCACUACACGCGUUGUUUACACGCCCCGAGACAUUUGAUUGUUACAUGGCCAGCAGUCCCUCGAUCUGGUGGAAUGACAGAUUCAUUUUGCAGGAGGCGAAAUCCUUUCUGGAAAAGGAGCCUUUGGAUGAGAAAUUGCCUUCGCUCAUGGUCUUUUGGGGCUCAGUCGAGCAAAAUCCUUAUCAGUGGGACAACGAACCAUUUGAAAAAUAUGAAUCAAGAAAGCAAAUGGCCUCAAAUUUCAGAAUGGGUGACAAUGCUCUCGAUCUCUGUGGGAUGCUACGAGGUUGCAGACAGUUGCAUACUAUCAUGGCGAAUGAGUUCGAUGGGGAGGAACACACCAGUGUGAUGUCGUGCUCGACAAAUCGGAGCUUGACGAUGUUCUUUGAAGAUUGGCCUUUCAGUCAUAGACAAAUGUCAUGA